UCUUAGAAAAUUCAUGGGUCCAGAAAGGCCAGAUCUUGAUGACAAAGGGGAUGAUGAAUCACUGUUCUUCAGUUUUACAAGCAUAGAAAUUGCCACAGAUCAUUUUUCUGAGGAAAACAAACUUGGUCAAGGAGGAUUUGGUCCUGUCUACAAGGGCAAACUGGUUAACGGGUUAGAGAUUGCAGUUAAAAGAUUGAAUAGAAUGUCAGGCCAUGGAAUUGAACAAUUCAAGAAUGAAGUCAAAGUGAUCUCAAAGCUGCAACAUCGAAACCUUGUUAGACUUUUGGGCUCCUGCAUUGAGAAAGAAGAGCGUUUAUUGGUAUACGAGUACUUGCCGAAUAACAGUCUAGAUUCAGUACUUUUUGGUAUGUCAAAGCGGAAUAUAUUGGAUUGGAAAAGAAGGUUGAAAAUCAUUGAAGGGGUCGCUCAGGGGCUUUUGUACCUCCACAAGUAUUCUAGAUUAAAAAUCAUCCAUAGAGAUCUGAAAACGAGCAAUGUUUUAUUGGAUGCCGACCUGAAUCCCAAAAUUUCAGAUUUUGGAACCGCCAGAAUUUUUGGAGAGAAUGAGAUGCGCGGAAGUACAAUGAAAGUUGUUGGGACAUAUGGUUAUAUGUCUCCUGAAUAUGCCAUGGACGGGGUUUACUCCGAGAAGUCCGAUGUAUUUAGCUUUGGAGUCAUGAUUCUUGAGAUCAUAACUGGAAAGAAGAACACUUCGUUCUACGAUUCGGAUCGUCACCUAAACUUAAUAGGACAUGUCUGGGAUCUAUGGACAGAAGGAAGAAUUUCAGAAAUCACAGAUUCUUGUUUGGAUGAAACGGUCUCAACAAGUGAAGCACUAAAAUAUGCUCAGGUUGGUUUAUUGUGUGUGCAAGAAAAUGCAGCAGAUAGACCAACAAUGUCGGACGUGGUAUCCAUGCUCCUCAAGGAAUCAAUGGCUCUUGCCACUCCUAAGCGACCAGCUUUUGCUGAAAUUAUGACUCUUAACAAUACCAAGUUACCUCAAAAUCCAGAAUCUUGUUCUGUGAACGAGGUCACAAUUUCAGAUGAGCAGGGUAGAUGAUUAUUUCUUGGCGAGGCGUAUAUUUUCUUGCUUUGUUUCACCAAGCUGUGGGUUAGGACAAAAGGACGUACCCGUUGUUGACUGACGGGUGUUGCAACUUGCAAGUGGUAAUUGCAGACAGAGGAAGGUGAGAAGCAGGCCGUGUCCUCAGGUUAGGGGUGGCCACUGCAGAUAAUCAGUCUCAAUUCUUUUGUGGAUUCGUUUUGGUUUUGGAUUUGAGUUUGAUGACUAAUUAUUCAAGUAAUCAAACAUAAUUAUAUGUGUUUGGAUAGAGUAUUAUUUGAAAUAUUGUUUGGAAUAAUUACUGUAGCACUUUUUACGAUGUAAUGUAUACGAGAU